AGUUCUCUCUAUCCACUUCGCCGUUCCCGAUUGCCGAGGCGGGAAAAAUCUCGUACAGUACAAGGAGUGAGCGGCGGCGGGAGCGGAGACAGACGGAGGCUGCCCGCGCCGCGCUUGGACGCUCGCCGCACGGCCCGCCGCCGACGACAUGGGCAUCAAGGGUUUGACGAAGCUGCUGGCGGAGCACGCGCCGAGGGCGGCGGCGCAGCGGCGGGUGGAGGACUACAGGGGCCGCGUCAUCGCCAUCGACGCCAGCCUCAGCAUCUACCAGUUCCUGGUUGUGGUAGGAAGGAAAGGAACAGAAGUUCUGACCAAUGAGGCUGGUGAAGUCACAAGUCAUUUGCAGGGCAUGUUGAACCGUACUGUAAGAUUGUUAGAAGCAGGAAUAAAACCUGUAUUUGUAUUUGAUGGCGAGCCACCUGAUCUGAAGAAAAGGGAACUGGCCAAAAGGUCCUUGAGGAGGGAUGAUGCUUCAGAAGAUCUUAAUAGAGCUAUUGAGGUUGGGGAUGAAGAUUCAAUUGAAAAAUUUAGCAAAAGGACUGUGAAGAUCACAAAAAAACACAACGAUGACUGUAAGAAGCUGUUAAGACUGAUGGGUGUCCCUGUAGUUGAGGCACCAGGUGAGGCAGAAGCACAGUGUGCGUCACUUUGUAAAAACCAUAAGGCCUAUGCUGUUGCUUCAGAGGAUAUGGACUCGCUGACUUUUGGUUCUCUAAGAUUUCUUCGCCACAUAACUGACCUUAGUUUUAAGAGAUCCCCUGUAACAGAAUUUGAAGUGCCAAAGGUUUUGGAGGAACUUGGACUCACAAUGGAUCAGUUCAUAGACUUAUGUAUCCUCAGUGGGUGUGACUACUGCGAGAAUAUUAAAGGUAUUGGGGGGCAAAGAGCCUUGAAACUCAUACGCCAGCAUGGUUGCAUAGAAGAAGUUGUGCAAAAUCUUAACAAUAGGUUUACUGUUCCAGAAGAUUGGCCUUACCAGGAAGUUCGGACCUUGUUUAAGGAACCUAAUGUUUGUACAGAAAUUCCAGAUUUCCAGUGGACCUCAGUAGACAAAGAGGGCAUUGUGAAUUUCUUGGCAAUCGAAAACAGUUUCAGUUCUGAUCGAGUAGAAAAGGCAGUACAAAAGAUAAAGGCUGCUAGGGAUAGAUAUUCCCCAGGGCGAGUGAAGCUUUUGACACCGGUAGCUAACUUAUCUGGAUCCAUAACAAAGAAGGAACCCGAGUGUGUUCUAGGUUCUUCAGGACAAGGUCUGAAGAGCUGGUCUGCUCUUCAAGUAUGCAGGAGCUCAAGCUCUGAUUUCAGAUAUCGUAGUUAUUAUAGUUCAAAGCCAUUAGUGCUGGGAAGGCAAUCAGGAUUUCAUGGAAUACCUCAUGCCUUUUCUCUCAUCUAAAUCUGGAGUUAUUCUUGGCUCCCAAGAUUGAUUUAUUUUACAUCUAAUGCUGCUUCCUGCUGGAGUGUCCCAUGAAGUAUUUGAUCGCCUUUUAGCUAUAAUAUGAAGAAGGGUCAAUGCAUCCCCUUUCAUGAGUGAGCUAUGUCAAUCAUAUACUAUCUCACAAUUUCCAAAUUCUAGUUGCAAUGAUCUUUUCAUGGAACACA